GGGUGUUGUGGAUAAUGAAGAGGAUUUCCAAAGUCUACAGAGUGAUUUAGGCCAUUUGGAAAAAUGGGCUGAAAGAUGGCAGAUGGAGUUUAAUGCUGAUAAAUGUGAGGUGCUACACCUUGGCAGGACAAAUCAAAAUAGGACGUACAUGGUAAAUGGUAGGGAAUUGAAGAAUACAGUUGAACAGAGGGAUCUGGGUAUAACCGUGCAUAGUUCCUUGAAGGUGGAAUCUCAUAUAGAUAGGGUGGUAAAGAAAGCUUUUGGUAUGCUAGCCUUUAUAAAUCAGAGCAUUGAGUAUAGAAGCUGGGAUGUAAUGUAAAAAUUGUACAAGGCAUUGGUGAGACCAAAUUUGGAGUAUGGUGUACAAUUUUGGUCGCCCAAUUAUAGGAAGGAUGUCAACAAAAUAGAGAGAGUACAGAGGAGAUUUACUAGAAUGUUGCCUGGGUUUCAACAACUAAGUUACAGAGAUAGGUUGAAUAAGUUAGGUCUUUAUUCUCUGGAGCGCAGAAGGUUAAGGGGGGACCUGAUAGAGGUCUUUAAAAUGAUGAGAGGGAUAGACAGAGUUGAUGUGGACAAGCUUUUCCCUUUGAGAAUAGGGAAGAUUCAAACAAGAGGACAUGACUUCAGAAUUAAGGGGCAGAAGUUUAGGGGUAAUAUGAGGGGGAACUUCUUUACGCAGAGAGUGGUGGCGGUGUGGAAUGAGCUCCCAGUGGAAGUGGUGGAGGCAGGUUCAUUGGUAUCAUUUAAAAAUAAAUUGGAUAGGCAUAUGGAUGAGAAGGGAAUGGAGGGUUAUGGUACGAGUGCAGGCAGGUGGGACUAAGGGGAAAAAAAUUUGUUCGGCAUGGACCUGUAGGGCCGAGAUGGCCUGUUUCCGUGCUGUAAUUGUUAUAUGGUUAUAUGGUUAUAUGGUUAUCAGGCCUCAAGCUCCUGUCCUCCAGAAAUGUCUGAGUGCACCGGAGAUAGACACAAAAUGCUGGAGUAACUCAGCGGGACAGGCAGCAUCUGUGGAGAGAAGGAAUGGGUGACAAUUGGGACAAGACCCUUCUUCAGACUUAGAGGGGAGAGGGAGACAUAGAGAUAAGGAAGUGUAAGGUGUGAAAACGAGACAUCAAAGGGGAUGGGGCUCGGAGAAGGAGACAACGAAGCAUACAGAGGGACUCGUUCAGUGUGAGUGCAGUCAGCUUCUGCAAUCUGUCCAUUACCAGCGGACACUUGCUGUGCCACAUAUAGGGCGGUAGCUGGCCACUGCUUCCAAGCCUCCUUCAUAGUCACACAGCACAGAAACUGGCCCUUCCGCCCAACUCUUCCAUGCCCAGCCAGUCCCAUUGCCUGUGUUUGCCACACAUCCCUUUAUGCCUUUGAAGUAUUUAAUAAAGUUCCUGUUGCAUUUGCUCUCCCACAAGUGACGAGUUACAUUUUGGGAACAUUUGAGCCCUGGACAAUGUAUUAACAGUCAUCACCUCCGGCACUUUGUGUCUCAUGCCAAGGUUACAAAUACUGAUAGGAAAGCUUGUGAGGCUACAGGCUUGCUCCAUGAAUGAGCGGUGGAGAGGGGCAGAUGCAGCUGUGGGCAGCUUGCCAGAGUGUGAAGGACAGGGAAGGGAGAGGGGCAGAGAGAGUGAGGAAUGUGCCAGUGAGUGUGUGAGUGAGUGUGUGAGCUGGUGAUCACCAUGCCUGUGUGCUGGGUGUCGCUGCUGCUGCUGUUCUGUUGCCAGCUUGUGAAUCUCUCUGGGGCAGGGGUACAGGUGGGCAGCGUGGAUGGAUUGGAGCCCGCGGUGCCCAGUAGCGGCGCUGACAGCUCCUCACCCACAACGGGCAGAGGAACCCACAUCACAGGAGCAGCUUCCACCCGCCAACAACCCGCUUCAGCUGCAGACGGACUCCACAGGAAGAGCCUUCUGGAUGAGCUGACGGAUUACAGAUUUGUGUUCCCGUACGUGGUCUCUGGGAAGAGGAAGCGGAGUCUAGCGACUGUUCCCCAGGGCACGUACCCAGAGCACGUCAGCAUCAUGGUGGAGGUCCAGGGGGAGCGGCUGAUCCUGGACCUUCGUCGCAACACGUUCCUGGUGCCAAAGGGGUUCCAGCUGUCUCACUACGACCCGAACGGGACCCUGGUGACGGAGAAGGGCUUGCAGUCGGCUUUGUGUUACUACGAGGGGUCGGUCAGAAGCCUGCGGGGCUCUGCGGUGUCAGCCAGCACCUGCUCAGGACUCAGCGCCCUGAUUGUCCUCAGUAACCGGACCUACGUCAUCGAGCAUCUGAGGGGACCUGUGAGCGGGCAACAUUUGAUGUACAGGCCUGAAGAUGUGAAGUGGGUACCGGGCCAGUGUGGAGUGAAAAACACAUCCCCUGCAUCCAACCUGGACAAGCAACUGCAGCAACUGCACCGGGUGAAGAGGGAUGUGUUUGCAGAGACACGGUACAUCGAAAUGGUGCUGGUUGCAGACAACGCUGUGUUCCAGAAGAACGGCGAGAAUGUAAAGAAAACGGUGAACCGGCUGCUCAAUAUCGCUAACACUGCCGACCUGUACUACAGAACAUUCUUCAACAUCCGUAUCGCUCUGGUUGGGGCCGAGGUGUGGACCAGAGACCAGGUCGAGGUGGAUCACACGUCUUCGAUAAUGCAGGAACGUUUCCUACGUUGGAGAGAGAAAGUCUUACUCCCACGACUCUACAAUGACAACGCCCACCUCCUCUUAGGGGGUUAUUUUACUGACGGAGUCGCUGGGCUGGCAUCAUUAGGGAGCAUGUGUACUACAAAACUAUCUGGAGGCAUCAACCUGGACAGUUAUGACAGCUUUCUGCCAGUUACUGCAACGUUUUCCCACGAGCUCGGACACAAUCUCGGAUUGUAUCACGACAGUGAAGAGCGGAAAUGUAAAUGCCCGUACCCGAAGGCUGCCUGCAUCAUGCAACCUGAACUGAGCCUGCCAUACCCGUCAAAAUUCAGCAGCUGCAGCCUGGCCGACAUGACGAAAAGCCUGAGUCGGGGUGGAGGAUAUUGUCUCUACAACGUUCCCAUAAUGGAUAACCUGGUCGGAGGCCCAAAGUGUGGGAACAUGUACUUGGAGAAGGGCGAACAGUGUGACUGUGGCACUGCUGGACAAUGUAAGGACCCCUGUUGUAAAGCGUCAUCUUGUAAACUCAAGCGUGGAGCAAAAUGUUCAUCUCUUGGUCCGUGCUGCAAGAAAUGCAAAUUCCUCCCAGCAGGCACGGAGUGUAGGCCCAGACGGGGGGAGUGCGACCUGCCCGAGUUCUGCACGGGACGCUCCCAAGAUUGCCCCGACAAUCACUACAUGAAAGAUGGCUACACCUGCAGCAACGGGACCUUUUUCUGCAACCAGGGAUUCUGCCGGUCUGCAGACAAGCAAUGCCAGGAUACCUGGGGCAAAGAUGCCAAGUCUGCUGUGAAAAUUUGCUAUGAACUUACAAAUAUGGAAGGAACCGAGUAUGGGCAUUGUGGUACGGACCAUGAUGGCAAAUACAUCAAAUGCAGUGCUGGAGAUAUAUUUUGUGGAAAACUCCAGUGUCAGGGUGGAUCAAUUUCAAAUCUGGGAAUAAACACAAAGGUGGUAACCAACACCAUUCAGUCUAAAGGUGGAAGCAUCGUCUGCCGCGCAGCACAUUCUUUCUUGGCUGAUGCCAAAAAUCCAAAUUUAAUACUAGAAGGCACCAAGUGUGCACCGAACAAGGCCUGUAUAGAACACAAGUGCCAGGAUGAAGCGCAGUUCAAUGUCAAAAGCUGUCACGACACGUGCAACAACAAAGGGGUUUGCAAUGAGAAUAACAAUUGUCACUGUGAAAAAGGCUGGGCUCCUCCCUUUUGCAAUAAGAAGGGGCAUGGAGGCAGUAUGGACAGUGGUUCUGAAACACCUUCAAAAGAAGAAAAAGAAGCAGCGAAAAAGGCUAAUCUGAUUCCCCUGGCCCUUAUAAUCAUGGCACCCGCAUUGGGAGUGCCAAUUUUAGGAUACACCCUCCGGAACUGCAAAGUUAAGAAGAAGACUAAACCAAGUGGAAGAGCUGCAGUGAAAACUGUUCAAAGUGCUAGUUCCAGUGCUCCAUUGGUUGUCUCUGCUGAAGUACACUCCCACAACACAGUCCGGGCUGAUGUCAACAGUGGGUCCAGAAUACUCGUUGAUAAGAUCUCCUGCACUGAACUACGGAGUACUUGUCAAGAAACUGCCGUCUUUGUUCUGAACACCCUGUACAUCUCACACAAAAAACAAUGUAAAUUAUGUAAAUCUUACCAUAAAUGACAGAAAUAAAAAGUGUUAUCCUUGUUUAUGAAUUUUGAUGUAGAAUUAUUUUAAAUUGAGUGGAUUGAUGCAAUAUGCUGCUAACCCA